AUGGCGCCAAAGGUGACGAAGGAAGCCGUUGUCCCCACCAAGACAGAAGUUAAGUCCAAGGCCGUGAAGGCCAAGAAAGCAGCAUUGAAGGGUGUCCAUAGCCACAAAGAGAAGAUCCGAACAUCCCCUACCCUUUGGCAACCUAAGACACUAAGACUCCAAAGGCAGCCCAAAUACCCUUGGAAAAGUGCCCUUCAGAGAAAUAAGCUUGAUCACUAUGCCAUCAUUAAGUUCCCCUUGACCACUGAGCCUGCUAUGAAGAAUAUUGAGGACAACAACACCCUAGUCUUCAUUGUGGACGUCAAGGCCAACAAACAUCAGAUCAAACAGGGGGUAAAGAAGCUGCAUGACAUCGACGUGGCCAAGGACGCAAUCUGCAAGCUGGUCUGCUGGCUGCACACGUGA